AUGAACAUCAUCAUGAACUUGGUGAUUGUUUUCUCGUUUGUCAAAUGCGCACCAGCAAGGAAGGUCUGGCACUCGAAUCUACCAGGGACCUGUUGGAACCCAUUAGUCGCAACUUACUAUAACGUCUUUGCUGGAGCUUAUUCAGGUCUAAUUGAUCUUAUCCUCUGCAUCCUUGCUUGGGUGAUUAUUUGGAAGCUCUCGAUGCGAACACGGGAGAAGAUUGGCGUUGGGGUUGCUUUGACCUUUGGUAUCUUUGCAGCUGCAGCAGCUGGAGCGAAAUGCGUUGGGAUGCUUGGUCUCAGCAGCCAGAACCGCACUUUGGCUCGAGUCGGAAUUUUUAUCUGGUCCACUGUUGAGAUUGCGGUCACCAUUAUGGCUGCUUCUAUCCCCAUUAUGCGUAUACUUGUCUUACGUGUCUAUCGCCGAAACAGACUUCAAGUUUCUAAUCGGCCGUUACGUCGUCUCCGCACGAUUACUAGUCAGGAUAAAAGGCCUUGUGCGAACGUCACGACGCCAAGUAAUGAUAAUAAUACAGAAGCAGGAGCAGUUUCGGCGAGGGAAGACGGUCUCAGCAGUGUGACCUUAAUACACAGCAUAGACUCAAACGAGCGGAACGAUAUAGACAUGUACAGGAUUGAUACGACGCUAUCAUUGGUUUGA